AUGUUGUUCAUACCUGAAUAUGAUGAAGUCAUGUUUAAUGAGGUAGUGCCUAUUGAAUUUGCAUCUAAUAAAGUUACAUCUAAUGAAGCCGCACCUGAAGAAGCCAUACUUAAAAAAGCUACACCUGAAAAAGCUACACCUGAAAAAGCCACACUUGAAGAAGUCGCACCUGAAGAAGUUGCACCUGAAGAAGCCACACUUGAAGAAGCUGCACUUAAAGAAGCUGCACUUGAAGAAGCUGGAUUUGAAGAAGCUGCACUUGAAGAAGCCGCACUUGAAGAACACUUGCUUAGCAAAUUUGCAUCUAGUCAACCUAUAUUUGAUUCUACUUGCAUUUGA